CCUCUUCUCCACAGACCGCUGCCGCCAGACUCCACCCAGCCAUCACAGCGCCUCCCAACGCCAUCUCCGUUACUGCCGCCUCCAUCUGGAACAAUGGCGACCGGAUGAGGCCACCUCUCCAUGCCCAUCUCUCUUUCUCUCUUCAAACCAAAUCAGGUCGCGGUGCAGGCAAACCCUAGCAAUGUCGGCGGCCGCGAGAUUGAGGUCGACGCUGAUGGCCACAGCUGGUGGACGAACCGCCUCUGUCAUGCCUGGAAAGAUAGUCAAACGCCCCAACUUGGUUUCCAACGGGUGGUUGUCUUGUUCGUCAGGGACUGCCGGCGUGGUAGUACUAUGUUCUUCAAGGCUGCAAGAAGUCAACAAAACACGGAGAAUUCUUACUGCUAUAACUUGUUCAAGCGAAUUGGAAAGCUCUGCAAUUGUACCAAUAGAAUUCAGGGGAGCCCGUACCUACAAGAGCCUGGUGGAUGCCAAGCUGCAUCAACAAGGAGGGCAGUCUCUACAAUCCAUCGGCUGCAGUUGAAUUGGCACCCUGCAGAUUUCAAUGGAUUACAACUACACAACCAUAGCUGGUUUCUCCCAUUCAUUUAUGCAUAAUGUAUUGCCAUACUCCAGUUUUGCUGUGAGCGUGUCUCCUCCAGAUUAUGGACCUGAAUGAUACAAUUUCAGUCAAGGUAGUAACAAAGAAACAUUGUCUACCCCAAUAAUCGUUCAUUACAUAGGAGUAUAUAUUAUGUCAUUAACUUGUGAUCCUGAAUGCAUUUUUAUAAUAUAACUAUCAAGAAGGGUCUAUUAAAAUAAAUAUGAGUUAGAGCAUUAG